AGAGUUGGAGCCGGUUUUGGCCAGCCCGCUCUCCCUCUGCUCGGGAAAGUGGAAAUUCCUGAAGGCAUUUUACUUCAGAUUUCUUGUGGGGAUCUAAACAUGAAUGCAGAGGCUCUGGUGAACUCCAUCUUAGUUUCUUUACUUCUGAUUUUACUCUCAGUCAUUGAAGAAAGUUUACUGCAAUCACUCGGGCAGGUGGGUGGAAAAUGUAAACUCUCCAUCGAUGCCUCGCAGAGACGAUGUCGGACCUCUGAUGGCCUGAUCUGCAGUGGGAGGGGAGAGUGUGUAUGUGGGGUCUGUAUUUGCCAAGUCAGUGAGCCGGGGAUGUAUUAUGGGCCACGGUGUGAAUGCCAUGACUGGGUCUGUGCAACAUAUGAUGGGAAGACCUGUGGUGGUCAUGGAACAUGUGACUGUGGUAAGUGCCUGUGUGAUGAUGACUGGUUUGGAGAAGCCUGUCAGUACCAGGAGAACUGCAAGCUCUCCAAACGAAAAAGCAAAGACCUGUGCCGCAACGCUCAGGGAGUGGUGUGCUCCAAUGCAGGAACGUGUCAUUGCGGCAGCUGCAUUUGCCGCAAUCCCGAUGGCAAAGGUCUCAUCAGUGGCCACUACUGUGAGUGUGACGACAGCCAGUGCCUAGACGAGGAUUCAGGGGAGGUUUGUGGAGGCCAUGGAAUGUGUUACUGUGGAAACUGUUACUGCUCGGCUGGUUGGCAUGGAGAUAAAUGCGAAUUCCAGUGUGACAUCAGCCCAUGGGAAAGCAAGCGGAGAUGCACGUCUCCAGAUGGCAAGAUCUGCAGUAACCGAGGAACAUGUGUAUGUGGGGAAUGUACCUGCUAUGAUGUAGAUCCAUCAGGGGACUGGGGUGACAUCCAUGGAGACACAUGCGAGUGUGACGAGAGGAGCUGCCACGCUACAUACGACAGAUACUCAGACGAGUUCUGCUCUGGCCACGGACAGUGUCACUGCGGGAGGUGUGAGUGCAAAGAGGGCUGGACAGGCAAGAAGUGUGAGCAUCCUCUCUCCUGUUCACUCUCUGUGGAAGCCAGUCAGAAGAAGUGCAGAGGGACCUCCAACCUGCCCUGUCAUGGCAGAGGCCAGUGCGCCUGUGGACAGUGCACGUGCCAUCCACCAGGAGACAGCCGUGUUCAUGGCAAAACCUGUGAGUGUGAUGACCGGCAGUGUGAGGACGUGAACAAAGACAUCUGCGGCGGCCAUGGCUUUUGCUCCUGUGGCCGCUGUAUUUGUAGUGAUGGAUGGUUUGGAAAGCACUGCCAGUUCCCCCGUAGCUGCAACAUGACUGACGAACAGAGCAAGAACUUGUGUGAGACAGCCCACGGCGUCAUGUGCUCCGGAAAAGGCUCUUGCCACUGCGGGAGGUGCAUCUGCUCACCACAGGAGUGGUACAUUUCGGGCGAUUUCUGUGAAUGUGAUGACAGGGAGUGUGACCAGCAUGAUGGCUUGAUCUGUACAGGAAAUGGCAUGUGCAACUGCGGGACCUGUGAGUGCUGGGACGGCUGGACAGGGAAUGCCUGUGAAAUCUGGUUGGGAGAAGAGUACUAACGUUUUCUAAAGACUGUUUGUUCAUCAGAAAAAGGGCUGCUCAACAGGAUUCAAUGUUAGAUGGGAACAGAAUCACUCUGAACCUGCUUCAUGUAUAUAACAGUAUUCAUUGUACUGGUUACAAAUCUCCUUUAUUAAAACAAGGUCUUCCUUUUUAAUGCAAGUCAAACAAAUAUGAGCAAGAGACAUUGGUCUGAAGACACGUUACCUUGUAAUUCUUUUGUUUCUAUUACAACUAUAUGUUAUGAAAUGUUUUUAUAGGAAUGAAUGCAUACACACACUUUCACUAACGCCACACAGGAAAAUGCAGGUACAUGGGCAGGGUCCAAACAGUGGGUUUUAUUACUGAUGUGAUUAUUUGUCAGAUCAUUGUCUGAGUGUAUAUGAGCUUGUUACAGUUCUGCCUCAAUCAAAAGGGUUAAAUGGAUGAAAACAAGGUUAACCUUGCACUCAGGUGGGUGAUACUACAAUUACACCAUUAAAUGUGCUUCAAAUAUACUGUAUCACUCAAGAGAACAUGGUAACACUUCAGUAUAGAAGGUUCUAUAUUAAAUAUUAAUUCAUAGCAGCAGUUAUUAAGCAGAAGCUGGUAAACAUAUACAGAAGAGGUUGUCCACAGUUGGAUGCAGACCCAGUGAAAAAUUUUCCGAGGAUCGAACUGAGCACUCGAAAAUUGGCCAUAGUUCAGUGUGACUACUGUUUUUAACCAUAAACAAUCAUAGCAGAUCCUCUGCUGCAGCCAAUCACGUGCAUUUAUAAAAUUACUAACCUUAAGGUAGCUUAUUGAGAAAUGUGGGGUUUCUAGAUUUUUCUUUCGUUUACCCUCUAUGGACUGAUCAAUGAAGUGAUGACGUGGUUUGUUAAAAAAAACAGUUGAUAAGUUGACAAAAAACAGAAUGUUUAAAGACAAUUGCAUGGAGAAGCACAGUAUAUAUUUAUUCUUGGCGUCAGGUUAAAAACAGAUGUCUUAUCAGGCCAUGGCGCUAGUCAAAAGUGGUCACUACUAUGAAGCAAAACAUAACCACUUCAAAUUGAUGUGUCUUAUUUAUAUUCAUGAACUAACCAUUAAUGGUUAAGCAUUAAAAUUUAACUGCUGUCACCAUGCAGUCGCUUAUCAGGACCUUUUCAAGUAAGACAUGUUUAUGUAGCUAGACCUUUACCAAUUUUAGUCGAAUACCCCUGAUCUACAGUAUAACGUAAAAAUACGAGAACAUUAAAUAAAGAACUAAUAAGGUAUUAAGAUUGUCGAAUAACUGCUGUAUUCACUUCUUACAUCGUCAGCUGUAAUUUAAUGUGUAAUAUGUCUCCGCGUAUACUGAAGUGUUACCGAAAACCUGGAAAACAAGUUACCGUGAAAUGUUAAUAUGAGAAUAAGAACGAAAACAGCAUGUUUGCAAAUGUAUAAAGCUCUGCAAUAAACCACUUUGACAUAAAAUGCCAUAAA